UGUUAGUUAGCUAUGCCAAGUAAAUAUUCCUAAAUCAAAUCCGGCCAUCUCAAACCAUAUAUUCAAGUUUAAUUAGCCAAAGAUAAGAUUUUAAAUUAAAAUAUCCCCUUUUAAUAAUUCACUGCACAUGCGCAUACUGUUCUCAACACUUCCAUCAGAAAAAAAUCCCAAUCAUCCUUAUCCAAAAUUGAAUCACAUGACGGUCGGCGGUGGCGCUGGUAGUGCCGGCGGAGUUACCUCCGGCAAAAAACGACAACGUGUUGGUAGCAAUAGUAGACUUUCUUCAACUAUCGGAAUAAUCGACUCUUCUCGUCCCGAUAAUACCCUUACGGAACGGACUCAAAAGCCGUCAAGCAUUCGCCGUACAUCUUCUCACACCGUUAUAACUGCUACCGGUGGAUUUAACGAUUCAUCCACGGCUGACGUCAUGCUCCGUCUAUUCAUCGAUCAAUUACCGUUAUUCGAUACGGAUGAUUCCGAAUCAAUCUCAGCCGUUGAUUCAUCUCAAUCUGAUGUCCAGAUCUAUCUUCACUCAAAUGUUCUUCGUCGUUGUAAGUAUUUCGAUGCUCUCUUAUCUGAUCGUUGGCAAAAGGAAUCAAACGACGUCGUUGAUUCAGGAAACUCUUCUAGAAUGUUCCGAAAGCUUAAUCUCGGUGUUCCUUCACACACUGGAUCAAUUGAUCAUCAUUUAACUGUUCUUCAGCUCUUAUAUACAAAUGAUUUCUCGAUUACUAUAAACAGUGUUUCGAUAGCUUUGUGUUUACUUCCUGUGGCUUUGGAAUUAAUAUUUGAGGAUUGUAUUAAGGCUUGUGUGAGGUUUAUUGAGGCUGUCCCAUGGACUGAAGAUGAAGAAAGAAAAAUACUCAGUAUCGUUCCGUUGUUAGGUAAAGAGGAAUCUGAAGAGCUUCUAGCUAGGGUUUCGAUUGAUAGAAACGAUGCGUCUGAAGAAAUGCUUCAUGGAUUGAUAUUAUCAGCACUUCAUAACCAUCCGAACAUGGCAUUUGCUAAGGCAUUUGUAGCUAAGCUUAUGAGGGAUUUUUCGUCUAAACAGACAGCGAAGAGAGUGUUGGAUCGCGCUUUUUAUAGUAGCUUGAAGAUUGUGAAGGAAUCGUUGGAGGAUUAUUCGAGUCCUGAUUUUAGAGGUGAUCAUAAUGAGACUGAGGCGAUUCAGAGGUUGAAUUUGCAUACUGCGAUGACGAACGGGAGGCAUUUGUUGUGGUUGGUUGAGAGGAUGAUUGAACUGAGAGUUGCGGAUACUGCUGUGCAAGAGUGGAGUAAUCAGGCGUCGUUUACUGCUGAUUUGCUGAGGGCUCUAAGGGAUGAUGCGUGGAGGAAUAUCGUUCCGGGACUCCCUGCAGUUGUGCUUCGAUGCACUUGCAAGCUUUCUAAUGCAAUCACCACGGGAACUAUCUUGGCUACUAGACAGGUUAGAAUGAAGAUCGUGAAAGACUGGCUUCCAGUGUUGAUUUUGUGCAAAGACAAUGUAACACCCAUGAUGCCAAGUCACAAGAUAGUAUAUGUGGAGCUGGAAGACACGUUUUUGAGGAUUAUAUCCACACUUCCCUUGUCUGAUGCACAGGAGUUAUUGCAAAAGUGUCUCAGCUUUUCAACUAGGAACGUUGAAGACUGUCCUCACUUAAUCAGUGCGUUUACCACCUGGUUCCGACGAGCAAAUAAAUUCCCCUUACCAGAUAUGUGAUGGUUCGGUGGAUAACCAUGGAGACUUCUUGGUGUCUAAUGUGCAUACUAGUAUCUCCAUUCCAAGAGACACUGCUAUUUGUACAUAAAAAGUGUUCCCUCACCUUUUUACCGGUAGUAAUGUGGAUUGCAUGACUCUUAGGUUGGUUACUUUGUGCUGCGCAGUAUCCUUGAUUGUAAGAAUCGGUUUUUUAAGAGAAUGGAUCGCAUGUAUAUAGACUUAUGGCGUAUGAAACCUGCCCCUUUCUAUAUCUAUUAAUAGCAUUUCUUCUCUUUUCUCA